UUAAAAAUUCAGAUUAGUUAGCUGGGAAAACAAAUUAACAAAUAAAUAAAAUAGAAAGGAGUUGACAUUUUAGGGAAUAUUCCAAUAUGCCGGAUAUUAUCCUUAGCUGACCUUUUAUAUAUAGUUGCCAUAAUUCAGUAUGCUCUUAUCCCACCACAAGCUCAUCUCCGACAUCGUCGUCCGAUUCCCGAACCUACUCUGCAGCCAACAAUGGCGCGGGAUCAAUUGGAAGUGCUCAACGCACUUGAUGUAGCGAAAACUCAACUCUACCAUUUCACCACAAUCGUCAUCGCGGGGAUGGGCUUCUUUACGGACGCUUACGAUCUGUUUAGUAUCUCAUUGGUCGCUAAGCUAUUAGGCCGUCUUUACUACACCAAGCCCGGUGCACCAAAGCCUGGCGUUUUACCUCCGAGCGUUUCCUCCUCGGUCACCGGUGUGGCACUCGUCGGAACCCUAAUCGGGCAGCUCUUCUUCGGGUGGCUCGGCGACAAAAUGGGCCGCAAAAAAGUCUACGGACUAACGCUCAUUAUUAUGAUUAUAUGCGCAGUUGCCUCCGGCUUUUCCUUCGGCCACACCCCAAAGGGUGUGAUGGCGAGUCUCUGCUUCUUCCGAUUCUGGCUGGGCUUCGGCAUCGGUGGCGACUACCCUCUCUCCGCCACCAUCAUGGCUGAGUAUGCCAAUAAGAAGACUCGUGGUGCGUUUAUCGCGGCGGUUUUCGCCAUGCAAGGUAUGGGGAUCUUGUUCAGUGGGAUUAUUUCUCUGGUCGUAUCGACAGCGUUUGACCGUCAGUACCCCACCCCGACCUACGAGCAAAAUCCGGCUCUCUCCACACCGCCGGAAGCCGACUACGUGUGGCGCAUUGUCUUGAUGUUUGGCGCUUUACCCGCCGCCUUGACUUUCUACUGGCGCAUGAAGAUGCCUGAAACCGCCCGUUACACUGCUCUCAUUGCGAAGAAUGCUAAACAGGCAGCGGCAGACAUGGGCAGAGUUCUGAACGUGGACUUGGAAGCCGAAGAAGAGAAGGUGGAGAAGAUAUCAAAAGGCAAAAGUAACAACUUCGGCUUAUUCUCAAGGGAAUUCCUCCGCCGCCACGGCCUCCAUUUAUUCGGAACCACCUCCACUUGGUUUCUUCUCGACAUCGCUUUCUACAGCCAAAAUCUCUUCCAGAAAGAUGUGCUCUCCGCCAUCGGAUGGAUCCCUCCGGCCAAAACCAUGAACGGCAUCCACGAGGUCUUCAGAAUUGCCAAGGCCCAAACACUUAUCGCACUCUGCAGUACCGUGCCUGGUUACUGGUUCACGGUGGCGUUUAUUGACAUCAUGGGAAGAUUCGCCAUCCAACUAAUGGGAUUCUUCUUCAUGACGGUUUUCAUGUUUGCUGUGGCCAUUCCUUACGAACACUGGAAGACUCAUCACAUCGGAUUUGUGAUAAUGUACGCCCUUACAUUUUUCUUCGCCAAUUUUGGGCCCAACGCCACCACAUUCGUUGUGCCCGCUGAAAUAUUCCCAGCCCGAUUAAGGUCCACGUGCCACGGAAUAUCAGCUGCUGCUGGAAAAGCGGGCGCCAUUAUUGGAGCUUACGGGUUUCUUUAUGCCGCACAAAACCAAGACAAAACAAAGACUGACGCCGGUUAUCCACCGGGCAUUGGUAUUAAGAAUGCUCUAAUUAUUCUUGGAUGCAUCAAUGCACUUGGAAUGAUUUGCACAUUUGCUGUUCCCGAGUCCAAUGGAAAAUCACUGGAAGAGGCAUCCCAAGAAACUUUUGGUGACGAUGACGACGAACCAGAAGGAGUUUGAAGUGUGAGAAGCUUAAUUAAAGCUUGUGUUUUUAUUUUUUUUUAUUUUUUUGUCUCUCAAUAUAUUAUUUAUUUUUGUUUGUCAAUAAUUAUAUGUUUGACAUGUAUUUGCUUUGGAAUACUCUAAAAAUCCAAAGCCUUGUGUGAUUUGCUUUGAUUCACUUUUAUAAACUUUUUUUUCUUUAGGACAAUUUGAAAUCUUAUUAUGUCUCAUUUUUUGUGUUUUAUUUUUGAGACAUAUUUGCUCUUAAGUGCUUAUAUCCUUUUCAUUUUUCACUUCUUGUACACUUCACUU